CUUAUAAAUAGAACACAUUAUUGCAUAUGCUUCUCUAAAUCAUCAACCAUGAAACCUCCUUCCAUCUCAUCCCUCGCAUUCAUUCUUGUUCUCAUCAUCUCGUGCUCAUGGGCAGCUUCUGCCGAUGAUCACGACGAUUUUCUCGAAUGUCUCACUGAAGAAUUCCAGAAUUACUCCACGAUUUCAAACGAUGUUUACACCAUCGCCAACUCAUCAUACACUUCCAUCCUUCAAUUCUCCAUCCGAAACCUGAGAUUCGGGUCGGCAUCAACUCCAAAACCGCAAGUGAUCAUAACCCCGGAGCACGAAUCCCAAAUCCCGCCCAUCAUACACUGCGCCAAAGAUAAUGAUCUGGAAGUCAGAACUCGAAGUGGUGGCCAUGACAUGGAGGGACUAUCUUACGUCUCACAAGUCCCAUUCGUGAUCAUUGAUCUGAUCAAUCUCAGCGAAAUCACAGUCGACGCUGAGAAUAAAACUGCGUGGGUUGAAGCAGGUGCCACCAUCGGUUCUUUAAACUACAGGAUUGCAGAAAAAAGUCCAAUUCUGGGAUUUCCAGUUGGUGUCUGCCCAACAGUCGGUGUCGGCGGGCACUUCAGUGGAGGGGGCUACGGCCCCAUGUUGAGAAAAUACGGUCUGGCUGCGGACAACAUUAUCGAUGCAAGAAUAAUCAACGCCAACGGCAGAAUUCUCGACAGAAAAUCAAUGGGCGAAGACCUGUUCUGGGCCAUCAGAGGCGGCGGGGGAGCCAGCUUCGGCGUGAUCACCGCCUGGAAGAUACAACUGGUGGACGUUCCAGAAACCGUCACUGUUUUCUCAGUGCGCAGGACGUCGGAACAGAAUGCGACGCAACUCAUUCACCGCUGGCAAGACGUGGCUCCCAAACUCGACAAAGAUCUCUUCAUCGGUGUCAUCUUGAGCAGGGUGAAUUCCAGCCAAGAGGGAAGGAACGCGACCAUCCAAGCCAAUUUCUGGUCACUUUUCCUCGGUGGAGUCGACAGAUUACUUCCAAUGCUGCAAGAAAGUUACCCUGAGUUGGGCGUGGAAAGACAAGACUGCAUCGAGAUGAGUUGGAUCGAAUCAGUGCUAUAUUUUUCGGAAGCCCCCGUGAUACCGGCUUCGCAGCGACAGCCACUUGAAGUUUUGCUUAACAGAACUCAGCCAAAUCUAGUAAACCUGAAAGUGAAAUCAGAUUACGUGCAGAAACCCAUUCCCGAAUUAGGGCUACAAGGGAUUGAGAGACUGUUAUACGAAGCAGAGAUCCAGUCUUUUGUCCUGAUGAUCCCAUAUGGUGGAAGAAUGUCUGAAAUUUCUGAAUCGGAAACUCCAUUCCCUCAUAGAGCUGCAAACUUGUACAAAAUUGCUAGCACGGUGUAUUGGCAGGGCAACGAGGGUGGAGAUUCGGAGAGGUACAUAGGUUGGAGCAGAAGGUAUUACAGUUACAUGGCUCCUUAUGUGUCGAGCUCGCCCCGAGAAGCAUAUCUCAACUACAGAGAUGUCGACAUUGGAGUGAAUAAGGUUGUUGGUGAGACGAGCUAUGAAGAAGCCAGCAUUUGGGGGAAGGCGUAUUACAAGGACAAUUUCGAUCGUCUUGUUCGGGUGAAAACAGUGGUUGAUCCGGAGAAUUUCUUCAAGAAUGAGCAGAGCAUUCCGUCGUCGCAUUCCGACAAAGAUGAUUAGGAUUUUUACUUCAGACCGCCAACAUAUGUACUUGAAUAAGGCGUUAUAUUAUUUCAUGUUUUUGUUGUACAAGUAAUGAUUUUAUUGUGCUCAUAAAUUGAUUUUUUUUU